AUGUCUGCUGAUACUAUCAACGAUUUCACAUCCAACAAUUUUAAUUCUCGAACCCUUGAUCUUACCACUGAUCCUAGCACCGUUUUUUACAUCCAUCCCUCUGACACAACUGCACAAUCCUUCGUCUCUGACAAAUUUGAAGGGCAAAAUUUCAUCACCUGGAAAUCUUCUAUGAUUAUUGGUCUUUCUACAAAAAAUAAAAUGUGUUUUGUUGAUGGCUCCUCCCACAAACCAUCACCCACUGCUCCUACAUAUCAAGCAUGGAUUCGAUGUAAUGAUAUGAUCAGAGGAUGGAUUCUCAAAUCUUUAAGUCCUAUUAUUGCCAAAAGUGUCUUCUUUUUCAAAACUGCUUAA